AUGUAUAGACUCGCAGCAAGCCGAUCGUUUCUCAAACAAAAGAUUGGAUAUUUAUCAACUGCUCUUGUUGCAUCUCGCGCCAUGCAUAUCCAGUCGAUUCCUAUGUGGGAGGGAAGCUCCAACAACUACGCCUACUUGGUAGUUGACGACAAGUCCAAUGAUGCUGUCAUCAUUGAUCCCGCCAACCCUCCAGAAGUUGCACCGAUUCUGAAGGAUGCUAUUCAAGCGGGCAAGAUCAACUUGACAGCUAUUCUUGCCGAACUCGGCACCCCCAAGUUGGAUAUCAUCGGCGGCAAAGACUGCGAGGGCGUGACCAAGACGCCUGGUCACGGCGAGACCUUCAAGCUGGGUGACAUCACUUUCAAAGGUGUGCACACGCCGUGCCACACUCAAGACAGCAUCUGCUUCUUCGUGCAAGAUGGAAACGACAAGGCUGUUUUUACUGGUGACACUUUGUUCAUCGGAGGAUGUGGACGAUUCUUCGAGGGUAAUGCCAAGGAGAUGCACGAGGCUCUAAACGAACGCCUUGCAGCGUUGCCCGACGACACUGUUGUUUAUCCUGGACACGAAUAUACCAAGGCCAACGUCAAGUUCGCCGCAUCUGUUUCUCAACGCGAGGCUGUGCAGAGCCUGCACUCAUUUGCUGAGAACAACAAGGUUACUACUGGCAAGUUCACCAUUAGAGAUGAGAAGGAACACAAUGUGUUUAUGAGAGUUGAGGACCCCGAGAUCCAGAAACAGACAGGCGAAACCGAGCCCGUGGCAGUUAUGGCAAAGUUGCGUGAGAUGAAGAACAACUUCAAUCUGUUGAAGGGCACCAGAGCCGAAAAUAUGAGCGACGGUUUCUACUCGGAGCAAAAGCAGGCACAAAGCAUGGGGCGCAUUGAAGAGCGAGUAUUCUGA